GAUUUUAAAAUAAACGCACCAAACAGACCAGCAACAUGAAAUUAACCGCAACAUUAUUGUUGAUUCUAACAUUGAGUUGGGCAAGUAUUUUCGUUGAUUCAAAUCCACGAUUCAAACGUGAAAAUCGAGAUGAUGUUUUGAAAGAAGCUGAAGAGCUUAUUAUAAAAGCCGAGGAUGUAUUGAAAAAAUUGCCCGAUUCAGAUUUGAAAGAUGAAAUCACAGAAAAACUGGCAAUAAUGAAGGAUUACAAAAAUAAGUUAGAACAAGCAAAUGAUCCAGUUGAAAUCGCCGAUUUAGAAUUGGAAUUGUCUACAAUGUCCAAAAAGUUUAAGUCAUUUUUGAACAUAGCUGAUGAAAUUAUCAGAUACUUGUCAACCACAACCACGGAACCAACAACCACAACUACCGAACCAACGACAACCACGGAGCCGACAACCACAACUACCGAACCAACAACCACAACCACGGAGCCGACAACCACAACUACCGAACCAACAACCACAACUACGGAGCCGACAACCACAACUACGAAACCAACAACCACAACUACCGAACCAACAACCACAACUACCGAACCAACAACUACAACCACGGAGCCAACAACCACAACAACCACGGAACCAACAACCACAACAACCACGGAACCAACAACCACAACCACGGAGCCGACAACUACAACCACGGAACCAACAACCACAACAACCACGGAACCAACAACCACAACUACGGAGCCGACAACCACAACCACGGAGCCGACAACCACAACAACUACCGAACCAACAACCACAACAACUACAGAACCAACAACCACAACUACGGAACCGACAACCACAACUACGGAACAGACAACCACAACAACUACGGAACCAACAACCACAACUACGGAACCGACAACCACAACAACUACCGAACCAACAACCACAACUACGGAACCGACAACCACAACAACUACCGAACCAACAACCACAACUACGGAACAGACAACCACAACAACUACGGAACCAACAACCACAACUACGGAACCAACAACCACAACAACCACGGAACCAACAACCACAACCACGGAGCCGACAACUACAACCACGGAACCAACAACCACAACAACCACGGAACCAACAACCACAACCACGGAGCCGACAACUACAACCACGGAACCAACAACCACAACAACCACGGAACCAACAACCACAACUACGGAGCCGACAACCACAACUACGGAGCCGACAACCACAACCACGGAGCCGACAACCACAACAACUACCGAACCAACAACCACAACAACUACAGAACCAACAACCACAACUACGGAACCGACAACCACAACAACUACCGAACCAACAACCACAACUACGGAACAGACAACCACAACAACUACCGAACCAACAACCACAACUACGGAACAGACAACCACAACAACUACGGAACCAACAACCACAACUACGACAACUACAACUACGGAACCAACAACUACAACUACAACCACAACGACAACCACGGAACCAACCACAACGACAACUACAGAACCGACAACGACAACCACGGAGCCAACAACCACAACGACAACCACGGAACCAACCACAACGACAACUACAGAACCGACAACGACAACCACGGAGCCAACAACCACAACGACAACCACGGAACCAACAACCACAACUACCGAACCAACAACCACAACCACGGAACCGACAACCACAACUACUGAACCGACAACUACAACCACGGAACCAACAACCACAACUACCGAACCAACAACCACAACCACGGAACCAACAACCACAACCACGGAACCGACAACCACAACCACGGAACCAACAACCACAACCACGGAACCAACAACCACAACCACGGAACCGACAACCACAACUACGGAACCGACAACCACAACCACGGAACCGACAACCACAACCACAGAACCAACAACCACAACCACGGAACCAACAACCACAACCACGGAACCGACAACCACAACCACGGAACCGACAACCACAACCACGGAACCGACAACCACAACUACGGAACCGACAACCACAACCACAGAACCAACAACCACAACCACCGAACCAACAACCACAACAACUACGGAACCAACAACCACAACUACGGAAACCACAACUACAGAACCAACAACCACAACCACGGAACCGACAACCACAACUACGGAACCAACAACCACAACUACAGAACCGACAACCACAACUACGGAACCAACAACCACAACCACAGAACCAACGACGACAACUACGGAACCAACAACCACAACCACAGAACCAACAACGACAACUACGGAACCAACAACCACAACUACUGAACCGACAACCACAACUACAGAACCAACAACCACAACCACGGAACCAACAACCACAACUACUGAACCGACAACCACAACCACAGAACCAACAACCACAGAACCAACAACGACAACUACGGAACCAACAACCACAACUACGGAACCAACAACCACAACUACAGAACCAACAACCACAACUACAGAACCAACAACCACAACUACGGAACCAACAACCACAGAACCAACAACCACAGAACCAACAACCACAACUACGGAACCAACAACCACAACUACAGAACCAACAACCACAACCACAGAACCAACAACCACAACUACGGAACCAACAACCACAACUACAGAACCAACAACCACAACUACGGAACCAACAACGACCACUAAGAAACCAACAACGACAACCACGGUACCAACAACCACAAAACCAACAACCACAACUACGGAACCGACAACCACAACCACAGAAUCAACAACCACAACUACUGAACCGACAACCACAACUACGGAACCAACAACCACAACUACUGAACCAACAACCACAACUACUGAACCGACAACCACAACUACGGAACCAACAACCACAGCCACAGAACCAACAACGACAACUACGGAACCAACAACCACAACUACUGAACCGACAACCACAACUACAGAACCAACAACCACAGAACCAACAACCACAACUACGGAACCAACAACCACAACUACAGAACCAACAACCACAACGGUACCAACAACCACAAAACCAACAACCACAACUACGGAACCGACAACCACAACCACAGAACCAACAACCACAACUACUGAACCGACAACCACAACUACGGAACCAACAACCACAACUACUGAACCGACAACCACAACUACAGAACCAACAACCACAACUACUGAACCAACAACCACAGAACCAACAACGACAACAACCACAGAACCAACAACGACAACAACCACAGAACCAACAACGACAACAACUACCGAACCGACAACCACAACAACAACCACAACCACAGAACCAACAACGACAACUACGGAACCAACAACCACAACAACUACGGAACCAACAACCACAACUACCGAACCGACAACCAAAGAACCAACAACCACAACUACGGAACCUACAACGACAACUGAGAAACCAACAACAUUGAAUAACACCACUCCGGAACCGACAACGACAACCAGAAGACCGACAACCACAACCAGAAGACCGACAACCACAACCAAGAAACCGGCAACGACAACAACAACGGAAGCGCCAACGACAACCAGAAGACCAACAACGACCACCAAGAAACCGACAACUACAACCAGAAGACCGACAACCACAACCAAGAAACCGACAACGACAACCAAGAAACCGACAACCACAACAACAACGGAAGCGCCAGCGUCCACCAGAAGACCAACAAAGACCACCAAGAAACCGACAACCACAACCAAGAAACCGACAACCACAACAACAACGGAAGUGCCGACGACAACCAAGAAACCAACAACCACAACCAAGAAACCUACAACCACAACCAAGAAACCGACAACCACAACAACAACGGAAGCGCCAGCGUCCACCAGAAGACCAACAACGACCACCAAGAAACCGACAACCACAACCAAGAAACCGACAACGACAACAACAACGGAAGCGCCAACGACCACCAGAAGACAAACAAUGAACACCAAGAAACCGACAACUACAACUCCUGAACCAACAACGAUAACCAGAAGACCAACAACCACAACUUCUGAACCAACAACGACAACCAGAAGACUAACAACGACAACAACCACGGAACUAACAACAAUGAAUAACACCAGUCCAGAACCAACGAAUUCAAUCAAUAGAAAUACAAAUAAAAUUUCAUUCUUAUCAUUGGUUCCAUAAGAUUCAAA